CUGCUCUUCAACGACCUGCCAAACUACCAACCUGUUAAUUAUUAUUUUUGCUCCUUCUCUCUGUCCCUCUCCUCGGGAGGUUGCUUCCCUCAUUCCUUGGCUAUCCGGGAGGAGUCAGCCUUCUCCUUUCUUCUCACCUCAACAUCUCCAGGAGCCCAGAGAACAUGCAGGCUAUCAAAUGUGUGGUGGUGGGAGAUGGAGCUGUGGGUAAAACCUGCCUCCUCAUCAGCUACACCACCAAUGCCUUUCCUGGAGAAUAUAUUCCCACAGUGUUUGAUAACUAUUCAGCCAAUGUGAUGGUUGACAGCAAACCAGUGAACCUGGGACUGUGGGAUACAGCUGGGCAGGAGGACUACGACCGUCUUCGGCCUCUUUCCUACCCCCAAACAGAUGUCUUCUUGAUCUGCUUUUCCCUUGUGAGCCCAGCCUCAUAUGAGAAUGUUCGUGCAAAGUGGUACCCCGAGGUUCGGCAUCAUUGCCCCAGCACCCCCAUCAUCCUGGUGGGCACCAAAUUGGAUCUUCGUGAUGACAAAGACACCAUUGAAAAGUUGAAGGAGAAGAAGCUAACACCCAUCACUUAUCCACAGGGUCUUGCCCUUGCCAAAGAAAUAGACUCUGUGAAGUAUCUGGAGUGUUCUGCCCUCACUCAGCGCGGACUAAAAACUGUCUUUGAUGAGGCCAUCCGGGCCGUCCUUUGCCCCCAGCCUACCCGACAGCAGAAACGCCCCUGCAGCCUACUCUAGAGGUAUACCCUUGGUGCCUAUCUGUUCCCCAGUCUGUAUAGCUCUCCUCCCCAGUUCUCUGAUUUCAAAACCUGGGGGCUUUUCAGCCAGUCAGCCUGCCUUCUCCCCUUGGCGUUCCUGAACAAAUGGAUGGAGCUCUUGUCACUAAUCUCCCGCCCGCCAAAGACAUUUCCAGGACAGGAUCGUGUGAGCGCAUGCAAAGCUGUUCCCCACUCCCUUGGGGUCCCCUGCUACAGCCAGGGGCUUCUGGGGGAGAUGACCAAUAAAACAGACCUCUUUUACUGCAGUGGAAA